AUGUCGGCGUCUAGAUUAUCAUCUACAUAUCAUGGGUAUAUUCAUUCUACUAGAGAUGCACUUUUAGUAAUACAAGAGGUUCUAGAUAAACAAUUGGAAUCAGUAACGAGAAGACCCCAUGAAAGAGAAAGAAGUUUAAUCAUUAAAUCAGGUGCAGUGUUUGUUUUCAUUGAGCAACAAUCCGGUAUUAAACGUUGGACUGAUGGAAUUUCUUGGUCCCCUUCAAGAAUUCAAGGAAGAUUUUUAGUUUAUGGAGAAUUGGACAAGAGAAGUUUGACUGACAAAGAUGGGAAGAAAAAGAAAAAGAGAAAGUAUGGCAUGGAAGAUGAAGAUGUCAAUGACAAUAUGCAACUACAUCCAAACAAGAGUAUCAGAUUGAAUUCAAUGAUUCUACCUUCUGGAAAUGAUCAUACUUCUAUGGGUCCCCAUCAUUCAACUAUACCCGUGGCUAACAUCCCGUCUAAUGUUAUACCUGCAUCAAGUUCUUACAAUGGUAUUAAUGAUUAUAGACCCAAUUUGCUGAAUGGUCCCUUAGUUUCUGCAUGCAUACUGCAGGACGGAUUAGUUAAGAAAACAAUUACCAUAAGUACGACGAAUAAAGAUGUUCAUUUUGAAAGACGUGAAGGUAAACAAACCAUACAUUUAAUAAGUUAUUAUUCCAAGCAGGAUAUUGAUAAUGGAAGACUUCAACGUCCAUCUGAAUCUGAUUUAAAAAAUGUUCAAAUCCAUCCAUGUUUAUGGACAGCUGCUCAAGAUAGUUCAUUAGGUGGUAAGACUCCAAUUGAAGAUGAAGAAUAUUAUGGUUUAGAUCCAAGUAUUCAACAAACCAAUACUAUGAAUACCAUGUCCAUGGUUGCACCAACAUCUGGUUCUAAUAAUGGUGCUAAGAGUUAUUCUAAUUAUUCAAAAAAUAUCGCGAGGGUUUAUAAUAAUAAAUAUUCAAAUGUGGUUUCUGGUGGUCCUGGUGAUGAUAACAAUAAUUCCCUGGAGGUUCCAUUUAUUAAUCCAUUCCAUCAACAUUCAUCUUCAACAAACCCAUAUGCAAGUCAAGUAUAUACUAAUGCUUCUGUUAGUCCUUAUAACACCUAUCAACAACAAACCCUUAGUACUACGUCAAGUUCCCCUCAACAACAAAUUAAUCUUGUUCAACAGCAAUCACAACAGCUGCAGCAACAACAGCAAUAUGGUCAAUAUACUCAAUAUACUACCAUACCACCACAAGUCACUACAACCACAUUAACAUCAGGUAAUGGUCAACAGCAACAACAACAAGGUCCUCCUCCAGACUUGUAUUCUAAUCAAUAUGCUACGUUUCCUCCUCCACAAGCUGGAUCAGUCUAUGGACCAAUUUAUCAGUAUCAUUUAACUCCAAACAAUAACGCUACCACUAAUACUACUACAUCUUCAUCAAAUGAUCAAUAUGGUGUCAUGACAAGUUCAAGUGGAAGUGCGUAUCAUGCCAGUUCACACACCCCAAAUACUGGACCUACCAAUUCAUCAUCUGCCACAAAUGGCGGCACCCCUUCAUCAUCAUCUACAAAUGUAACUUCAAAUUCCACCUCGGUCAACAAUAACAAAAAAUUUAAUACCCCAAGUACAGGCUACAGUUAUGGUAAUAAUAAUAACAACAACAAUAAUAAUAAUAAUAGUAACACUAACCACAGUACAGUUAGAAACUCAACAGGAAGUAAUGCAACAACCACAAGUACAUCAAGUAUCAGUGGACCAAGUGGUAUGACGCCUGUAAAUGGUGGAAAUUCCUGGUUUGCUAAUAGCGGUAAUGGUGGUUAUAUUACUAGUUCCUCAACAAAUGGAACGGUUCAUUCAGGAAAUAGUGAUUACGAUAAUGGAAAUAGUUCUACAUCUAAUGGUACUUCUAUUGGUGGUGGUGGUGGUAGUAGUGGUGCUCAUAAUUUACCAUCUUUUUCUAAUGGAGUAUCAGGUUUGCAGCCACAAGGUCAAGUUAUCCCAUCGUUAGUUACAGGUAAUAAUUCAGCUGCUGGUGUAUCUUCAAAUCAUCAUCAUCAUCAACAACAACAACAACAUCCACACUCUCAUCAUGCUUAUAAUGUGAAUGGUGGAACCAGUGUUGGUACAACCGGGGUAACUACAGGUGACGAAUCUGGUGGUAAUACAUCAACUGGUCCAUAUUACACCACUGCAAAUUGA